AUGGCUGCUCCGAAUGCUGACGCGCAAGCGUCUGGCUUGGCUGAUGGCUUGAACCCGGCGCACACCUAUAUCCCCAACCAGGGAUAUGUCAACCCAGACGGCUCCCUCCCCGCUAUGGCGGGGCAAGACUCUGCGGCGCAACAAAACGAAGACGAAGAGGAUGACUACUACGAUGAUAUCUUUGAGGAAGAGCUCGAUGAAGAAGACUUCACCUCGUCGAACCCCGCCGAUCUAACGAAAUCCUACAAUCGCCAGCGCAAAACGAACGAGCUCUCUGCGGACCCCAACACUCCCAAGUGGACCUUACCGAAGACGAACACCCAGAAACCGUCUGUCAACACUCGCGCCUCCGUGGACGAUCAAGUGAAGUCAUUGACGAAGCAUGCCGGCAAGAUCAAGUUGGACGAUAUGCAGUCAGGCAUGGCGACCCGUGGUGAUCGGGGUGGCGACAGGGCGGACCGCGCUACCUCCGAGCAGGUGCUGGAUCCCCGCACACGUAUGAUCCUGCUACAGAUGAUCAACCGAGAGAUUGUCUCCGAGAUUCACGGAUGUCUGUCGACCGGUAAAGAAGCCAACGUCUACUACUCCAUCUCAUACCCCGAUAACGAGGAGACGCCCCUCCACCGCGCCAUUAAGGUCUACAAGACGAGCAUCCUGGUCUUCAAGGACAGAGACAAGUAUGUCACUGGUGAAUUCCGUUUCAGACAAGGAUACAGCAAGAGCAACAACCGGGCAAUGGUCAAGCUGUGGGCGGAGAAGGAAAUGCGUAACCUGCGCCGUAUCUACGCUGCCGGCAUCCCCUGCCCCGAACCCAUCCACCUGCGCCUCCACGUCCUGGUCAUGGGCUUUGUCGGAAACUCCAAGGGUAUUGCCGCUCCUAGACUCAAGGACGUUGAGUUCAACAUCCCCGACCCCGAUGCCAAGUGGCGCGAGAUCUACAUGGAGUUGCUCGGCUACAUGCGCGUGAUGUACCAGACCUGCCAUCUGGUCCACGCCGAUCUGAGCGAAUACAACAUGCUUUACCACAAGAACAAGCUCCACAUUAUCGAUGUCAGUCAGAGUGUCGAACACGACCACCCCCGCAGUUUGGAGUUCCUGCGUAUGGAUAUCAAGAACAUCAGCGACUUCUUCCGUCGCAAGAACGUCGACGUCCUCACCGAACGGGCUGUCUUCGAAUUCGUCAUCUCCAGCGAUGGCCCUACCACCGUCGCACCCGCAGAGCCAAUGCUUGAAGCCAUCGAGCACCUCUUCGCCACCCGCAAUGACAACGCCGAAGGCGACACCGAAGUCGACGCCGCCGUCUUCCGUCAACAAUACAUCCCUCAAACCCUGGAACAGGUGUACGACUUUGAGCGUGACGCUGAGCAAGUCCGUGCCGGUAAGGGCGACGACCUCGUUUACCGGGAUCUUCUCGCAGGCGAGAAGAAGAAGAAGGCAGAGGGCCAUGAUGAGGAUGAAGAGGAAGAGGGCUCUGAAGCUGGCUCUGACGGUGGCGUAUCUGUCGAUGAGGGAUCCGACUCGGAAGACGGAGAAAAAGAUCCUUUCGCGAAGAAGGCGCCCCGCGGUAAGCGAUUCGAAGAUAAGGACGAGAAGCGCGACCACAAGCAAAAGGUCAAGGAGGAGAAGCGCGAGAAGCGCGCGAAUAAGAUGCCGAAGCAUAUGAAGAAACGUCUCGUUUCUUCGUCGUCGAGGAAGAAGAAAUGA